AUGCGGCACAUUUCACCGGCUCAUACGACUUCACUUGGAUCAAGGAGAAAAUCCGAAACGUGGGCGAGCAACGGGCAGUCCUUGUGGACGUCGGCGCCGGAAAUGGUCACGUCGCCAAGGCCAUAUUGCAGGAAAUCUGAUACAUCCCAGUGGAACGCGUUGUUCUCGAAGAUAAAGAGGACGUGCUCAAUCAUGUAG